AUGGCAGAGGUGGUAACAGUGUGUGUCAACCCUCAAUGUGGAGAGCGCACAACAUGGUUCAGUCAACCCAACUUUCAUGGAACCAAAAUUGCAGCUGGUAAAUUUCUUCUAAGCUAUGGAAUCAUUUUGGCUGGAACCUCUGCAACCAAGGUGUUCAGAGCAUUGAAACAUAUGGGGAUGACCUGCAUAUCGUUGACAACUUUCUUUAAAUAUCAACGGGUAAGUUUUCAAGCGAUGUACUCUUUUAAAGUGACUAAUGUCACUAAGUGUACUGUAUCACUGUGCAAAAUACUUCUGUUGAAUUUUUCUAAAAUAAUGAAUGAUGAAAAAGUAGAAAGUUUAUUAAAAAGUUCACAGGGAAGUGAAAUAAGUUAUUAUAUUGUACUCAUUCCCCAUUUUAUCUUGUAUUUUACAUAGGAAAAAUUAAUUCCAUCAAUAUAUUUACAUUGGAAGAAGUACCAAGCAGAGCUUCUCGAUGAAUUAAAAACAAAGGAAGAAUUGGUGAUUGCUGGAGAUGGAAGGCAUGAUAGUAUGGGACACAGUGCCAAAUACUGUGCAUACACUGUAUUUUGUUGCACUGUCCCAUACAUAAUUCAUUUUGCUUUAAUACAGGUAUGAAAACGUUUUACAUCAACAUUUCAUUGUACAGUUUUAAGAAGAGUUGUCCUAUGUAAACCAAAUGGCCUCAAGUAUGAAGGAUCUGUUAUAGAGCUGUUAAAAUGCUAUGCUAAUGGCACUUAUAUUUUUACUUUACUAGAGGAAUGAAGUGGGCAGUAGUCCAGCCAUGGAAUAUGCAGGAUUUUGCAGGAGCAUGGAGUACUUGCUAAGUUUAGUGGCAGUGAAGACAUUUGUAUCUGAUCGACACUCGUCAAUCACAAAACAUAUGAGGGAAAAGCUGUCAGACAUCAUUCACUACUUCGAUAUUUGGCAUAUAAAGAAAAGUAUGACCUUGAACUUGCUGCCUUUUGUAAUUAAUUGCAUACACUAUUUACUGUAUGUUAUUGUAUGCAAAUAAAUAUAGUGGUGCAUGGUGAGAAGGGGGUUCAAACUAGACUUAUUUGACUGUCAAAGCUAUGAUGUUUUUAUAUUGUAGAGGUGACAAAGGUUCUCACCAAAAUUGUGGAUGUGAAGCAACUGCAGAGUGGAUAA